UCCAUUCCAUUGUACUCGCCCAUUAUGUCAAACAGAUUCUUAGACCUGUAGGGGUUCCUCUUUCACUCGAUAAUGCCAUUGAGCAUAGGGCAAGGCCAAGCUAGGCAAAGGUUAGAGUCGAGGUCGAUUUAACCAAACCUCAACUAAAUCAGAUUUGGAUUGGACUAGAAAGCCCCAACACUUCCCUCAAGGGAUUUUACCAGAAAAUCGAAUAUGAAGGAGUCCCUAAAUUUUGCAAACACUGUAAGAUUUUAGGACACAACAUAGUGCAAUGCCGAGUAUGGGAAAGGCUAAAAAUGAAGGAAAGGGCAGCCAAAGCUAAUCAACAAGAGGAAGAUCGGAACCUUGACGAGGACAUCUCCAACCAUGAGAAAUCAGCUACUGAUAAUAUUCACCAAGAAAAUCAUGAGGGGGACACAUCUGUGGUACAUGAAGAGGCUUCCAGUAGUGUUCCUGUGAUUGCUGAAAAUAGCAACAUCAAGGGACAAACUAGGAAAGCUAAGGCUACAGAGGAAAAUAGAGAAACAAAAAGCAAGAAGAAAGUUGCUACUGAGGCAAAGAGAAAGGAUCAUGAGAAGAAAAAGAAAAAGAACAAGAAGAGGAAAGAAGCUAGAAACUUGAAGAUAAAAAAUAUUACUAGCUUCAAAGAACCUAUGGAAAAGCAGAACGAGAAAAGAGAAAAGAGAAAUGACAACAGCCUGGCCAGAACAGAACAAACUGAAAGAAGCUUCCAAGAACAGGAUAAUGAGGAAAUACAAGGGCACGGCCAGCCAGAUGAGGAGAGCAAAGCAGAAGAAGCAAAGAAAUAUGAAAUAAACAAGAGAUUGAACUCUGGCAACAGCCUGACUAAGCAAGAUAGCAUAGGCUAUAGCUAUGAGGACCGGCAGCAGAACAAAGAACCAAGCAAAGAGGAAGAAAGUUCACAGAGGGAACGAGACAUAGGAAGAAAGGAUAAGUUCAAACCGGGACAGCAAAAACCUACUGGAGGGAAAAUAACCAUAAUGCUAAACAUUGAUAAGGAUAAACAUAAUGAAGGAGGAGACAACGGGGGGCAAAAACAAGGGGACUCUAGCUCGGAAUUGGAAAGACAAGAGGACGAAACAGCCUUAAAACUCAUUGAGACUUUUACAUCUCACCAGUUUUAGUGGAAACAUCUACACAUGGACUAAUGGAAGGGAGGCAAAUAAGAGGGUUUAUAAGAGGCUAGAUAGACUUAUUAUCAAUGAGAAUUGGUGGCAAACUUUAGCCACUCAUCGGGCUAGGAAAAGAUCUGACCAUAAGGCUCUCCUCAUUAAGACUAGCUACUCAGAUCAACCGUAUAUCUCCUACUUCAAAUUCUUGAAUUUUUGGGUUGAACAACCAGGAUUUGAGGAACUCAUUGAACAAGUUUGGAAUAGGUGUCAUCAGGGAAAUGCUAUGAGAGUACUCCAAGAGAAACUAAAAGAUCUUUCCAGGGAACUUAGCCACUGGUCCAAAACUUCUAUAGGGGAUAUUUAUGAAAAGGUCAAAUUCUAUGAAAAGAUUGUGAAAGACAAAGAAAACAUCAUGGAUGCUGACCCGAGUGAGAAGAUCAGGCAAGAUUUGAAUAAGAUGGCUGCUGAAUACACCAGAUAUUUAGGGCUUCAAAGUAGCAUUUUACAACAAAAGGCAAAUCUUCAAUGGAAAGAAGAAGGGGACUCUUGCUCUAAAUAUUUUUUUAGUGUCAUCAAACAAAAGAGAAGAAGAAAUUAUAUCCAUAGAAUCCAGGAUGAAAAUGGAUAUUGGAUAGAAGAUCCCAAUGACAUAGGAAAUACUGUUGUCCGGUUUUACAGUAAUCUCUUUAGCAAUGACAGUCAACAGAAUGGAGAUGAUUUUGGAGCUCUCAAUCAACUCCAUAGUAUCAUCAGUCGUGAGGACAACGAAAUGCUCACCAGAAUGCCUGAAGAAGAGGAGAUCUUUGGUAACAAUUAGAGAUCUUAGCCCUAAAAGUGCCCCAAGACCUGAUGGUUAUAAUGGUUUUUUCUACCAUAAAUGUUGGCAUAUUAUUAAACAGGAUGUUACUAACUUUGUUCACUCUUUCUUUGCGGGGAAGAAGCUGACUAGGUUUUACACUCAUUCCUGUCUCAUUUUAAUCCCUAAAGUAGAGGCUCCUGAUAGUUUCUCCCAAAUGAGACCAAUUAGCCUCAGUAAUUUCUCUAAUAAGAUCCUUUCAAAAAUAGUUGCUUCAAGGCUGAAUAUUUAUCUCCCUAGCCUUAUCUGUGAAAAUCAACAGGUUUCAUUAGUGAUAGAUUAAUCACAGAGAAUGUUAUCCUUACUCAGAAAAUUGUUCAUAAUAUGAGCAAGAACAAAAAAAAGGAGAACAUGAUCAUAAAGCUUGACAUGGAGAAAGCCUAUGACAGAGUGUCCUGGGCUUUUCUAUAUGUGGUUCUUGAGAAAAUGGGUUUUAAUGAUACCUUCAUUGACAUUAUCAGAAGACUUGUUGAAAAUGCAUGGUAUUCUGUUAUGAUAAAUGGAGAUAGAAAGGGAUUUUUUCACUCGUCUAGGGGACUCAAACAGGGAGACCCCCUAUCACCUUCUCUCUUUGUAAUCUCUGCUGAAAUUCUAUCUAGAAUGCUUAAUAAUCUUUUUGACAACAGGAAAUACACUGGUUUCACCAUGGAAGCAAAGGGACCACAAAUAAACCAUCUUGCAUACACAGAUGAUGUGGUUAUUUUUACCUCAUGGAAGGAAAAGUCUCUGAGAAGGGUUAUGAGGUAGCUGAGAAGAUAUAAACAGAUCUCAGGACAGAAGAUCAAUGCAAAAAAAAGCUGCUUCAUCACAGCUACUCAUACUGACAGGGAGAUUAGGAAAAAGAUUAAAAAAGUUACUGGUUUCUAUCAUAAAACUUUUCCUUUUACUUACUUAGGCUGCCCUAUUUUUACAGGAAGGAAAAAGAUAUGUUAUUUCACAUAGAUGACCACCAAGAUUUUAAAGAAAGCUGGGGCUUGGCAAGGAAAUCUAUUGUCAUUUGGAGGGAAACUGUCAUUAUCCAACAAGUCCUGCAGUCACAGACUAUGCACCUACUUGCUGCUAUAUCUCCUCCUAAAUAUGUUUUGACUCAAAUAGAGAAAUAUUUACAAGAUUUCUUCUGGGGCGAAAAAGAGGGUAAGAAGAAACAUUACUGGGCAGCCUGGAAAUAUCUUUGCUAUCCAAAGGAUGAAAGUGGUGCUGGUUUCAAGAGCCUAGUUGAUAUUCAGACAUCUUUCGCUAUGAAAAGGUGGUGGAGACUUAGAAUAGAAGAUAACUUGUGGACUAAGUUCAUGAAUGCUAAAUAUUGUAAAAGAGUUAACUUGGUAGCAAGAAAGUGGACAUCAGGACAAUCACAAAGCUGGAAGGAACUCAUGCUGAUCAAGCAAGACUCAGAACCUCACAUGCUAUGGCAAAUUAAUAAAGGGAACGUUUUGUUUUGGUGGGAUAAUUGGAUUGGUCUUGGCCCAUUAUCCAUGUUCGUUAACAGAGACAUUGCCGUUGGAAAUACUCAAGUUAAGGAGCUUAUCAUAGAAAACAGAUGGAACAACGAGAGAUUGCAGACGAUGGUGCCUCCAAAUCUGCAUUAAUAUAUUAAUCAGAUCCAGAUAUUUGAUAAAGGUAAGCCUGAUCAAUGUUUUUGGAUUUUAACUCAUGAUGGUUCUUUUAGUUGUGCUACAGCCAGGAAAACAACUAGA